AUGCCACCGCCAAACACUCCAGAGGAGGGCGUAGUGGCAACAAACACCUCCAACAUCCUGGCCCUCCGGCCCUCCAUGUCCCGGGACGGUGGCGGGGACGGCGGCGGAGGCGGAGGCGGCGGCCCCUCGUCCGCUGCCGCCGUCGACCUGCGACUGCUCGAGUACGAGGACGCCGUCGACGAGAACCUCAUCUGCCCCAUCUGCCGCGUCGCCCUCGUCGGCCCCGUCAUCACCAACUGCGACCACGUCUUCUGCCACCGCUGCCUCGUCCAGGCCCACGCCCUCAACCCGGUUUGUCCCGUCGACCGCCUGCCGCUCAAGCUCGUCUCCGAGACCCGGCCCGCCCCCAAGAUCGUCCAGAACCAGCUCGACAACCUGAACGUGCGCUGCCCGAACCAUGCGAGGGGCUGUCAUCUCGUCGUCGCCCGGAGCCUUGUCGAGAACCAUGUCACUCGGUACUGCGACAAGACCAUGGUGCCCUGUCCGCACCCGUCGUGCGAGCACACUGUCGUCCGGAACGACGUCGGCAAAGGUUGUCUACACUACGAUGUGCAAUGCGAGUACUGCGAAGGCACCAUGCUGAAGGCCGACCUGGAGAUUCACCAAGAUCAGAAAUGCCCGAACCGCAAGAAGGACUGUGAGCUAUGCAACGCCGAGUUCGUCAGGAACAAACAAGAAGAACACAUGAAAGAAUGUCCAGAGGUUGAGGUUUCAUGCAAGUAUGCGCCGUUCGGGUGCACACAACAGAUGAGCCGUAAGACGGCUGAGGGUCAUGGGGAGAAGUGCGAUUACCGAGUGGUUGGACCUGUCGGCGAGCAGCUAGCUGAACUACGGUCCGAGCUCACCGCCCUGCAGGAAAAGGAUCGGAUGAAAGACAGGCGCAUCAAGUUUCUCGAAAACAGGGGCUAUACGUUGCCGGCGUCGAACGCAACGGAGGCCAUCUCCGACAUCAGCCUGCCAGAGUCGUCCACAAACGCAGACAUGGCGCCGUACGAGUCACGCGAUCAGUACUUCUUGUCCCUCUUCGAGACCAUGGAGUCGAAGGUGGAAAGGCUGUCCUCGGCCCUGGCCGAAGUCGAAGGGCGACACUCAAUGAUGCUUAUCAACGAGACGUUGCAGAUCAAGGACCAGUUGACCGAGAUCCGGAGCACGCUCGGGGUGCUUGGAAUGCAUGUCCGUUGGCUGAUGAACUUCCGAUUACAAGAGCGCGGCAGGGUUGGAGCGGGAUCGCCCGCCAUGCCGGGAUCGCUCGCCGGCAAUCAGCAGGGUACCAGUGACCCGAACCUCCCUCGGAGGCUGAGUGACACGAUGCGAGAGCAUCCCCCGCGACUAUGA